UUGAGCUUCAGUGUUUUAGCCGGUACGCUCUUGUGAAUGGACUGUAUGUUCCCCAGCUGAUCCAUCUCGAUAAAAGAUCAUGAGCAAAGACUCGCAGAUGAGGGCUGCAAUAAACCAAAAGCUGAUAGAAAUGGGGGAACGGGAGCGGUUGAAAGAAUUACUCAGAGCCAAGCUGGUGGAGUGUGGGUGGAAGGAUCAGCUGAAAGCACACUGCAAAGAUGUGAUCAAAGAAAAGGGUCUGGAGCAUGUCACGGUAGAGGAUCUGGUCACAGAGGUUACACCAAAAGGAAGAGCGCUUGUACCAGACAGUGUGAAGAAAGAGCUCCUGCAGAGAAUCAGAGCUUUUCUAGCUCAACAUGCAACUUUGUGAAUGAGCCAAUUCACUGUCUAGACAUUUUUUUACUCUCCAUACAUCCACAAUUACAACCCCAGCUGAUGUUCGUUCUCAUUGUGAGCAAUGCUGAAGUGUUAUUUUUUAUUUUGUAUUGUGUGUUUUCAUAUUGAUUUUAGUUUGUUAUGCUGCAGUUUUGGAAAGAAAAAUAAAGUCAUGCCUAUUUUGGUCA